AGAAGUGGCGGCUCCGGGCUCACGCUCCGUGCUUCGCUGGAUGCGAGUGAGCCGGACAGACAGACGGCCGCCGGCGGGCCUCGGAUGUGGACAUUUUCCUCUCAGAUGACAGAAUCGCUCCAACUUCCCCUGUGCGGUGGCUUCCUGCCGUCUGGUUUUCUGUAAAAGAAACAACAACAACAACAACAACAACGCUUUCCUUCCCGAGUGGCCUGCCAUGCCCACCGUCAUCAGCGCGUCUGUGGCCCCACGGACGGGGGCUGAGCCCAAGUCCCCGGGGCCAGUGCCCACCCCAGUCCCGGGCAGCAGCACCGAGGCCGGGGGUGGAAGCCCGAGCGGCAUCUACUCCGCCAUCCUCAGCCGCAAUUUCCCUGUUAUUGGGGUGAAAGAGAAGACAUUCGAGCAGCUUCACAAGAAAUGCCUGGAAAAGAAAGUGCUCUAUGUGGAUCCCGAGUUCCCGCCGGAUGAGACCUCUCUCUUCUACAGCCAGAAGUUCCCCAUCCGGUUCGUCUGGAAGAGGCCUCCGGAAAUUUGUGAGAAUCCCCGAUUUAUCAUUGGUGGAGCCAACAGAACUGACAUCUGCCAAGGAGAUCUAGGGGACUGCUGGUUUCUGGCGGCCAUCGCCUGCCUGACCCUGAACGAGCGGCUGCUUUUCCGAGUCAUACCCCAUGAUCAGAGCUUCAUCGACAACUAUGCAGGGAUCUUCCACUUCCAGUUCUGGCGCUAUGGAGACUGGGUGGAUGUGAUUAUUGAUGACUGUCUGCCGACUUACAACAAUCAACUGGUUUUCACCAAAUCCAACCACCGCAAUGAGUUCUGGAGUGCUCUGCUGGAGAAGGCCUAUGCUAAGCUCCAUGGUUCCUAUGAAGCCCUGAAAGGUGGGAACACCACAGAGGCUAUGGAGGACUUCACAGGAGGAGUGACCGAGUUUUUUGAGAUCAAGGAAGCUCCCAGGGACAUGUACAAGAUCAUGAAGAAAGCCAUCGAGAGGGGCUCCCUCAUGGGCUGCUCCAUUGAUGAUGGGACGAGCCUCAUCUGUGGGACCUCUCCUGGUAUGAACAUGGGGGAUUUGAUUAACCGGAUGGUGAGGAAUAUGGAUCAUUCACGGCUCAGAGACUCAGACCUUGACCCCAGAGGCACAGAUGACAGACCAGCCCGGGCUCUUGUUCCGCUUCAGUAUGAGACAAAAAUGGCCAACGGGCUAGUCAAAGGUCAUGCCUACUCAGUCACAGGGCUGGAGGAGACCCUGUUCAAGGAGGAGAAAGUGAAGCUGGUACGCCUGCGGAACCCCUGGGGCCAGAUGGAGUGGAAUGGCUCCUGGAGUGAAGGCUGGAAGGGCUGGAGCUUCGUGGGCAACGAGGAGAAGGCCCGUCUGCAGCACCAGGUCACCGAGAACGGCGAGUUCUGGAUGUCCUACGAUGACUUCACCCACCACUUCACCAAGCUGGAGAUCUGCAACCUCACGGCCGACGCCCUGGAGUCGGACAAGCUGCAGACCUGGACCGUGUCUGUCAACGAGGGCCGCUGGGUGAGGGGCUGCUCUGCCGGAGGCUGCCGCAACUUCCCAGACACUUUCUGGACCAACCCCCAGUACCGCCUGAAGCUCCUGGAGGAAGACGACGACCCUGAUGACACCCAGGUGGUCUGCAGCUUCCUGGUGGCCCUGAUGCAGAAGAACCGGAGGAAGGACCGCAAACUGGGGGCCAACCUCUUCUCCAUUGGCUUCGCCAUCUACGAGGUUCCCGAAGAGAUGCAUGGGAACAAGCAGCACCUGCAGAAGGACUUCUUCCUGUACAACGCUUCCAAAGCCAGGAGCAAAACCUACAUCAACAUGCGCGAAGUGUCCCAGCGCUUCCGCCUGCCUCCCAGCGAGUACGUCAUCGUGCCCUCCACCUACGAGCCUCACCAGGAGGGGGAAUUCAUCCUCCGGGUCUUCUCUGAAAAGAGGAACCUCUCUGAGGGUGUGGAAAACACCAUCUCCGUGGAUCGGCCAUUGAAAAAGAAAAAAGUCAAGCCCAUCAUCUUCGUCUCGGACAGAGCCAACAGCAACAAGGAGCUGGGCGUGGAUCAGGAAGCAGAGGAGGGCAAAGGCAAAACCAGCCCUGAUAAGCAAGAGAAAUCUCCGCAGCCACACAGAGGCAACACUGACCAGGAAAGUGAAGAACAGCAGCAAUUCCGGAACAUUUUCAGGCAGAUAGCAGGCGACGACAUGGAGAUCUGUGCCGAUGAGCUCAAGAAUGUCCUCAACACAGUUGUGCACAAACAUAAAGACCUGAAGACACAAGGGUUCACGCUGGAGUCCUGCCGAAGCAUGAUUGCUCUCAUGGAUACAGAUGGCUCUGGGAGGCUGAAUCUGCAGGAGUUUCACCAUCUCUGGGAGAAGAUUAAGGCCUGGCAGAAAAUCUUCAAAAAGUACGACACAGACCACUCAGGCACCAUCAACAGCUAUGAGAUGCGAAAUGCCGUCAAUGAUGCAGGAUUCCACCUCAACUGCCAGCUCUACGACAUCAUCACCAUGCGCUAUGCCGACAAGUACAUGAACAUUGACUUCGACAGCUUCAUCUGCUGCUUCGUCAGACUGGAGGGCAUGUUCAGAGCUUUCAACGCGUUCGACAAGGAUGGAGACGGGAUCAUCAAACUGAACGUUCUAGAGUGGCUGCAGCUCACCAUGUAUGCCUGAGCCAGGAUGGCCUGUCUAACGCCAUGCAGGAUGAUUCAGAUGUCCAUUUUUACCCAACACUGCUAGAACCACUUACCUCAGAGGACUCAGCAGCUGACCCUGCCCAGGCCUCCAGCACCUUUCUCCUCCCUCUUCCAUUUCACUCCUCAGUCUGUUGCUCUUUCAUGCUCAGCCUGAUCCUCUACUUGUGCAGUAAGUGGGGCAGCUGGGUCUCUUUGUCAAGUAGAUGCAAAUGCCUCUGAGGUUUUGCUCUCUGAACCAGAUGCAAAGGCUUUGGCUGCCUCUCAGCCCUUUGCAGCAGCUUUUGUUAACAGCAGAGCCUCUGGGUGGUGCAAAUUAGGCUGUGCUACCUGAAACUUUAGCCAUUUGAAGCCACUCAGAGGUGCCUACUUCCAAAAAGAGGACCGCCAUGAAAAUCCCACGGUGCAGUUCUGCUCAGCAACACGAGUCAGCAGGAUUCGGACUGACCUGUAAGCAACUGGCUGGUUCGCUGCCACUGUAUCCUCUAUCACGUUUAAGCUCUCCCCCACACACAGGAUGGUAACCAAAUUAACACAAGCUCUGUCCAGUGGUUUCAGGAUGCGCCUGCUCUAGGGUAAACUAGCUCAAUGGAACCGGGCUGAAUACUGUGGGUUGUCUAUUUAGUUUGGCUGAUUCUGAAUAAAGGCAUGUGUAUGGCUGA